CUCCCAUCACUCUUUUUCAUCAUCCAUCAUGUCCUAUUUUUCCUUUUUAUUUCCUAUCACUUCUCAUUACUCUUUUUUACUCCCUUUCUUCUUCUAUUACUUUCCAUUACUCCAUUGUUAUUUCAUUUUUUUUAUUAGUAUCUUUCUUUUUGAUCAUUGUCAUUUACUUAUCUUUUUUAUUUAUUGUUAUUGUUUUUUUUAUUGUAUCACUUUAUUAAAAAUAAAUACAGUGAUUUUUUUCUUUAAAAUCGAAAAUGUGGGACUUAAAUUUUAAUAUUUGCAAAUAAAACUUCAUUAAAUAAGAUUAU